AUGAGGAGCGUUCUGGCAAGACGAGGCGGCGUGAGCGCGGCGCGUGGUGCGGUGUCGGCCACGUCGGUGGGUCAUACCGCGAGACGUCUGGUGAGCUCGUCCACGGCGAGGCCGCUGUCCGAGGUCGAUCCGGAAGUGCACAGCCUCAUCCACGAAGAGUACGAACGUCAGAAGUACGGCAUCGAGCUCAUCGCCUCUGAGAACUUCACCUCGCGAGCUGUGCUCGAGGCCUUGGGUUCCGUCAUGACCAACAAGUACUCGGAGGGCUACCCUGGCGCUCGGUACUACGGUGGCAAUGAGGUGAUCGACAAGAACGAGCGGCUGUGCAUCCAGCGCGCUCUGGACGCCUUCCACCUGGACUCGGCCAAGUGGGGCGUCAACGUGCAGCCCUACUCGGGCUCGCCGGCCAACUUCGCCGCAUACACGGCCCUGCUCAACCCGCACGACCGCAUCAUGGGCCUCGACCUGCCCCACGGUGGCCAUCUGACUCAUGGCUACAUGUCCCCCAAGAAGCGCAUCUCGGCUACGUCGAUCUACUUCGAAUCGAUGCCCUACAGGCUGAACGAGUCGACCGGCUACGUUGACUACGAUGAGCUGCGCCGGUCUGCCCUCCUCUUCCGGCCCAAGAUCAUCAUCGCCGGCGCCUCCGCCUACCCGCGCAACUUUGACUACGCUCGCAUGCGUCAGAUCUGCGAUGAGGUGGGUGCCUACCUGAUGGGCGACAUGGCCCACAUCUCCGGACUCGUGGCAGCCCAGCAGGUGCCGUCGCCGUUCGACCACUGCGACGUGGUGACCUCCACCACCCACAAGACCCUCCGCGGACCCCGCUCCGGCGUCAUCUUCUUCAGGCGUGGCGUCAAGUCCGUUGAUCCCAAGACCAGCAAGGAGACUCUGUACGACCUGGAGGAGCGGAUCAACUUUGCGGUGUUCCCCUCGCUCCAGGGUGGUCCCCACAACAACACCAUUGCCGCGCUGGCCGUGAGCUUGAAGGAGGCCAUGUCGCCCGAAUUCGUGGAGUAUCAGGUGCAGGUGAAGAAGAACUGCGCUCGCCUCGCCUCCUCCCUGCAAAGCAAGGGCUACACCCUCGUGUCGGGCGGCACCGACAACCACCUGCUGUUGCUCGACCUCAGGCCCCAGGGCGUUGACGGUUCGCGAACUGAGACCGUGAUGGAGGCGUGCAACAUCACAGUGAACAAGAACACCGUGCCCGGCGACACUCGCCCCAUGGUGCCCGGCGGCGUGCGCAUCGGCACUCCGGCCAUGACGACCCGCGGCCUGAAGGAGGCCGAGUUCGAGGUCGUCUCCGACUUCCUCCACCGCUCCGUCCAGAUCACCCAGUCCCUCGCCAAGCAGGGAGGAGGCAACCUGAAGGCCUUCAAGGAGCAGGUGGAGAAGGAGAAGAGCGGCGGAGAGAUCGCGCGCCUGCGCAAGGAGGUCAUCGACUUCUCCGGCUCGUUCCCCCUCCCCAGCUAA